AUGGGAUUUACUAAAAAGAGUCUUGAUCAAAUUGAUGUUAAAGACAAAAGAGUCUUUAUGAGAGUUGAUUUUAAUGUUCCAAUGGAAAAAGGAAAAAUUACUAACACUAAAAGAAUUGAUGCUACUAUUCCAUCAAUUCAAUAUUGCCUUGAUCACGGAUGUAAAGCUGUUGUUCUUGCCUCACAUCUUGGAAGACCAGAUGGACAUGUUGUUCCAGAACUUACUCUUAAACCAGUUGCUGAAAAAUUAGAAGAAAUUCUUAAACAUAAAGUUAUUUUCUUAAAUGACUGUGUUGGUGAAGAAGUUAUUAAGGCUUGUGCUAACCCAGCUCCAGGAAGUGUUAUCUUAUUAGAAAAUGUUAGAUUCCAUCCAGAAGAAGAAGGAUCAUCAAUUGUUGAUGGAAAGAAAGUCAAAGCUGACCCAGAAAAGGUUAAAGAAUUCAGAGAACAAUUAACUAAACUUGGUGAUGUUUAUGUUAAUGAUGCAUUUGGAACAGUUCACAGAGCACACUCUACUAUGGUUGGUGUUAAUUUAAGCCCAAAGGUAUCAGGAUUCCUUGUCAAGAAAGAACUUGGAUACUUUGCUAAAGCAUUCGAUCAUAUCAACAGACCAUAUCUUGGAAUCCUUGGAGGAGCUAAGGUUGCUGAUAAAAUCCCAAUUAUUAACAACUUCCUUGAAAAGGUUGAUCAACUUAUUAUUUGUGGUGGUAUGGCUUAUACCUUCCUUGCUGCUUCAAAGAAUAUGAAGAUUGGUAAAUCACUCUUUGAUGCUUCAAAGGUUGAAAUGUGUAAAGAACUUCUUGCUAAGGCUGAAGCUAAGAAAGUUGAAAUUCUUCUUCCAUUUGAUUUCGUUGCUUGUGAUAAAUUUGGAGAAGAUGCUAACACUCAAAUUUGUACUCUUGAAGAAGGUAUCCCAGAAGGAUGGGAAGGUGUUGAUUGUGGACCCAAGACUUCUGCUUUAUGGAGAGAAAAAAUUCUUGCUGCUAAAACAAUUAUGUGGAACGGACCAUGUGGUGUCUUUGAAAUUGAUAAAUUCUCAGCUGGAACUAAAGCUCUUUGUGAAGCUGUUGCUGCUGCUACCCAAGCUGGUGUUUUGACUAUUGUUGGUGGUGGAGAUACUCCAACAGCUCUUAAGAAAUUCGGUCUUGACAAACAAGUCAGCCAUAUCUCAACUGGAGGAGGAGCAUCACUUGAACUUUUACAAGGACUUCCACUUCCAGGUGUUGCUAACCUUGAUGAUGCUGAAUAAAGAG